AUGGAGGGUAUUAAGUUCGACGAGGCAAAUGUUGGCACGAAACUAGCGGAGGAGUAUUUGAAGAAAAAUUCAGUAUUUAAAUCAAAAGGAUUCGCCGACAGUGAUAGAUUCACGUUCAACGAUCACAAAAACACAAUAUACUACACUAAUUACACAAGAAAUCUCGGGGCUGUGGUGCUGACUAAAGAUGUGAGUGAGAUUCCAUUAAAAUUGAUGAAACUGGCCAAGAAAAUUGAGGAGAAUGUCGAACUAUUCUGCCAAUUGGAAUUAUUACUGCGAAAGAUUCCCGUAGAAGACACAGAACGCAUAGAUUUGAAACUCAUGACACAAAACUUUAUGUAUCACAGUUCGUUAAAAUGCUCGAAAGAAGCGACGAGUACAGCUAAUACUAUAUCCCUACUCUGUUCAUCUGAUAUAUGUUCUCGUGUUCUUCCUCACGUGUUCACAGCUCGUCAGAUAACGUUCGACUCGUCCACGCCGCUGCUGGCUUUGAGUUUCAUCAGUCAAGUACUGAUGGGCCACAUGCCGAAGGUGGUCAUUGAAUGCACCAAGGAAACAGCACCCGUCGCCACACUCUUCAUUGAACUAUGUCACCAAGUCGGAUUGGAGGGAAAGGUACUUCUAGCGAUUUUACCUGAAGUUAUAGACGGCGGGGCCUCCAAAGUGACUAUGGAUUUUAAGAAAAUGAGAGAGUUUCUGAACGGCUGCGUGGGUGUUGUUAGCGGGAAAAGUGACAUCGACUCAGCUGUCGAAUGCUUCUUAGACGCGUCCAGUAGAUAUCCGUGGGCAUUGAGAAAGAUCUUCGUUCAAGAGAAUGCUGUGGAAAGAUUCACCACCACCAUGACCUGGAAGGAGGAGAAACAGAUGGAAGCGACUUCAGCCGGGAACAACAAGAGCGACUCGGACCGAGAAAUAUCAUACUUUUUCGGAGACAAAACGUUUCUGAUGAGGCCCGGUCGGGAUAGUACUGAACAUGAUAAUAAUGUCAUCAUUCUGGAGGCCUUUAGGACGGUCAAGGAACUGAUAGGUCUACUUGCGAAGGAGAAACCAUUCGCGCUUUCCAUCUGGUGCAGUGAUGUUUCAGAGACCAAUGAGCUAGCCCACAACGUUGACGCCAGCAUCGUGUGGGUCAAUGACCUCGCCAACUUCGAAGGACCACCUCGCUCCUCGCAAGCGUUCUUCUCCCUCAUAGAUAUAUACUUCAGUUCUCAGCAUAUCGAACAACUCCCUGAAAUCGCUGAAUUGACGAAGCUCAAACAAUCCUGGUUGGGACUUAGUGUUGACCAAAGAAAAGCUGUAGUACGUGAUGCGUUGACCAAAAUUGAUAGGAACCAGUCUAAGAAAAUGUUAGAGGUUCUUGAUGAUUUGAACAGUGAAUUGGAUAGUUUUGUACACCUCACUAAGAAUGUGAUAGCCACUGGCAUUGAGCUACAACCACAAGUGAUGAUGCCGAGCGCCAUGUACGACUACGGACUAGAAUCUUCUAUAAUAUCUUACAUUAUAAAAGGCGGUGCACUACUCCUACAUAUUCCUCCGCGUGACUUGCCAGUGAAAAGCAAAGAUAUUUCUUACAUGUUUUAUGAUAACUUACGGAACAUGGCCGGCCCCGUAAUAUUUCUAGAUAAAGAAUAUAAAAUCGGUGACAUUGCCAUUAUAAGGCAUCCGAUUAAAAGAUUCAAAGUCAUUUGGACCAAUUUUGGAACCAUAUUCGCUAAUUAA